AGAGGGGUGACAGCUUUAGGCCUGGCUUGGACAGUGUGGCUCUGCUGUGCUGUAAGAUGGCAUCCAGCUCUGUGUUUCUGUCCAGCAUGGUGGGCAAAGCUCGCUCUUCCAACUUCACCGUCUCCGAGAAGCUGGACCUGUUGAAGCUUGUUCGUCCUCACAUCCGCAUCCUGGAGGAGCACACCAACAAGCACGCCGUCAUCGUGGACAAGAACAACUGCUGGGACACCGUGGCCGAGCAGUACAACUCUCUGGGUGGAGACAGACCCCACCGGACUGCUCAAGGCCUCAGGACCCUCUACAAGAGGCUGAAGGAGUCAGCCAAGCAGGAAGUGAUGCAGAGGAGACACGCCCAGCCAGAGUACAGAGGGAGCAUCUCGGAGCCUACCAGGAGGAUUAUGGAGAUGAUCCCUCACCUGUUUCACCACGUGCCCAACCACGAAAAGGACCAGGCGUUGCGCAGGUUGAUCUACAACAAGCACAGCUCCCCCACUGAGCAUCCUGGAAGCAGCUCUUCUCUGGCUGGACUCCAGGAUUACUCAGCAGGUGUCCCAACUGUCCCUCACGUGGUGGUCCAGCUGGACCCCAAAGAAGACGUUAAACCGCCACCAGAUAUCCCCAUUGUUUCCCCCCACACAGGCCCAGGGCUGGACGGGCUUCAGGAGCAAGAAGAAGAGCAGGAUUUGGGGAGCGCCCACAACUAUGAAGCAUCCUUGUCUCCUGCUCCCUCCUCUGUUAACCUGUCCCUCUCUGCGUCACCGCUGCCUUUACGCCAUGACUUUUACCCAAAUGACUUCUAUUCUCAUCAAGAGCCAGACCGGCUGCGCCCUCUCCACCUGCUCAAAGAGGAGCACGAGCUGGCGUUAGCCAAUCACAGGAAGGUCGCCCUGUACCUGGAGGAGAAGAGGGAGGGUCUGAAGAGGAAGCAGGAGCUGGAGGAGGAACUUCUGAGAGCGAAGAUCAGAGUAGAGAAACUGAGGGCUGCCCGAUUGAGACACGGGCUGUCGAUUCCUAUAUAAUUAGAAAGAACAAACGGAACAGUAGGA